AUGAACGGGGUGCCGUGCAAAAUGCAGGCCCGGCAGGGCCGCCACAAGCAGCGCUACGGGCCCGGCGGGGAGAGGCUGGUGGCUGGCUGCAUCCCCGUGCGGUACGCCGGGGAUGGGUGCGGCGCCGACGCGGUGGAGGUCCUGCUGGUGACCAGGAGAUGCGGCAAUGGCUGGAUCUUCCCCAAGGGCGGCUGGGAAUGCGACGAGCAGACAGCUGAGCAAGCCGCUGUGAGGGAGACUGUAGAGGAGGCUGGGGUUAGGGGAGAUAUUGAGGGGGCCAUUUUGGGCGAAUUUCCAUUUGAGAGUCAGAAGCGGGGAGCAACCGAUCCAAGCAAUGGGCACUGCCUGGCAUAUAUGUAUGUCUUGAAAGUAGAGGAGCAGCUGGACGAAUGGCCGGAGUCACACGAGCGACAGCGCAGCUGGUUCUCGCUUCCCGAGGUUUGCAACAGGUGUACCCAGGCCUGGAUGCGCAAGGCUCUUUGUGCUUGGGUUGAACGCAGUGGGUGGAAAGACAUAUCUCUGCUGCUGGAGCUGCCUCCGCCGCUGGAAGCAAGCCAGUCCAAUGGCAUAGAGGAUGCACGUGUGUAA